AAUAACUUCUCUUAUGGCCCUUCAAGGUCAUGCGUCUUCCUCUUCCUUUUAUCCGUUUAUUCAUUGGUGGAAAUAUGAUGUAUUCUUGAGUUUUAGAGGCAAAGAUACUCGUCAAGGUUUCACAACCCAUCUUCAUGAAGCUCUGGACCGGAAGAAAAUAAAUACUUACAUUGAUGACAAGCUUCCAAGAGGGGAUGAAAUCUCACAAGAACUUCUCAAAGCUAUUGAAAGCUCAAGGAUUUCAAUUGUCGUGCUCUCAAAAAACUAUGCAUCAUCCACAUGGUGCUUGAAUGAGUUGAUAAAGAUCAUUGAGUGUAAAAACAUAAAGCAACAAAAAAUUCUACCAGUAUUUUACGAUGUAAAUCCAACAGAGGUACGACAUCAUAGAGAGAGUUUUGGAAAAGCAUUGGUUAAACUUAAGAAAAAGCUCAAGGAUGAGACAAAGGUGCAAAGGUGGAAAGCAGCCCUUACAGAAUUGGCCAGUUUGUCUGGGUUCACUUUAGGAAAUAGGAAUGAACCAGAAAUUAUUCAAGAGAUUGUUCGAGAGGUUUCAAGAUUAGCAAAGCGUAAAUAUUUAAAUGACAUUGCCAAGCAUCUAGUUAGAAUGGAAUCUAGAGUAAAAGAUGUCCAUAAUAAUUAAGUUUCUAAGUGUGGGAGUGAAUGAGACACGCAUGCUAGGAAUCUAUGGAAUUGGUGGAGUUGGUAAGACAAAUUUGGCUAAAGAAAUCUACAACUCAUUUAUUGACCAAUUUGAAAAUUGUUGCUUUCUUGCAAACGUAAGAGAAAUUUCAAAGCAUGACUAUGGUUUAAUUCGAUUGCAACAGACACUUCUUUGCGAGAUCCUAGGAGACUCAAGUUUGAAUGUUGCAAAUAUUGAUGAGGGAAUUGGUCUCAUAAAAGAGAUGCUUUGGGCUAAAAGGGUUCUUUUAGUUUUUGAUGAUUUGGAUAAGUCGGUCAAACUUGAAACCUUACUUGGAGGAUGUGAUUGGUUUGGUUUAGGAAGCAUAAUAAUUAUAACGACAAGAGAUGAACAUUUAUUAAAUAUUUAUAAUGUUCAUUUACGAUAUAAGGUGAAGGAAUUAGAUCACGAUGAAGCUCUUCGGCUAUUUUGUUGGAAUGCCUUCAAAAAUGAAAAGCCUAACCAUGAUUUUGUAGAACUUACAAAAGAUGUACUGCAUUAUGCUGGUGGCCUUCCAUUGGCAUUAACGGUGCUAGGCUCAGAUCUAUAUGGUAGAGAUAUUCAUUAUUGGAGAAGUGCUUUAAAAAAGUACAAAACAAUUCCUCAUAAUGAUAUUCAUGAAAAGCUUAGAAUAAGUUACGAUGGCUUGGAAGAAAGCCAAAGGAGUAUUUUUUUGGACAUUGCAUGUUUCUUUACAGGAGAGGAAGAAGAAUAUGUUACUAAAGUACUUGAUGGUUGUGGUUUCUUUCCUAACUGUGAUAUCAAAGUACUAGUGGAUAAGUCUCUCAUAACCAUUGAGCAUGGCAAAUUAAUCAUGCAUGACUUGCUCAAAGAUAUGGGUAGAGAAAUUGUUCGUCGAGAAUCACCCAAUGAACCCGAGAAACGCAGUAGGUUGUGGUUUCAUGAAGAUGUUCGUCGUGUAUUAGAAGAAACUAAGAAUUUCCGGAUUUUGAAAACUAUGAAAUUCUCUAAAUGUGAAUUCCUAACAAAGAUUCCUGAUGUUUCGGGACUCCAAACUUUAGAGAGAUUGGAAAUUAAGUAUUGCAAUAACUUAGUUGAGUUACAUGAAUCUAUUGGCUUCCUUGAUAAACUCGUCGAAUUGGAAAUUGAAAAUUGCGAGAGCCUUACUAGUUUUUCAAGAUCCCUCAAGUUGAGAUCUCUAAAAGAGCUUAUUCUUCGUUAUUGUGAAAGGCUGCAGAAGUUUCCUGAAAUUGAUCAGAGGGAAAUGAAAUGUUUAACAUGGGUUCAACUAGAACACAUGACUGCUAUCAAAGAAUUGCCUUCAUCUAUUUGGGAUCUCACUGGACUUAGACAAUUAAAAAUAAGCAAAUGCUACGAAGUAAGGCAUCUCCCUAUUGGGAGCCAACUGCUAACUGCCUGCUAUUCCGCAUUGGGAUAUUUAGAUAUAUCGGGAAGCAAUGUCGUUAUCCUUCCUGAGUGGAUCAAAGGAUUUGUUCGAUUAUCGGUACUUGGGUUGCAUAAUUGUGUGCAGCUUAAAGAAAUCUUAGAACUUCCUCCAAAUAUAGAAGAUGUAGGCGCAAGUGGAUGCAUCUCAUUGGAGAGUUUUGUUGAAGUAUCAAAUAUGUUUGAAUUCAAUACAAGCAGCUGUCGUAAGCUACGUUCGAUUGACUUGAAUGGAUGCCAUAAAAUGGUUGUAAAUCCUCUUCGGUUUGAGAGGACCAGGAAGAAUGUCUUAUAUUUCCGGGAAAUAAGAUUCCAGAUUGGGACUACCAUUACAAGCUGGAGAUUCCAAAUAAUUAUGUAUGUGAUUGGGUAAAUAUUGAUUUGCUGUUUUCG